GAGAGCGGGAAGUUGGAUACCAAAGAGGGCUUCAUGCUCUCGACCAAUGGGCUCUUCGAAAAGAACGCCAGCCUUGAUCGAGAGGACCCUCUCAAGGGGUCUCGGCUCAAGUGGCCGCCAGUGAAGGGUUACGAGGCCACGAUGCGCCGCUGGACAAAAGAGCUUUAUGCGCUGAACCUCAAGUUGAACGAUAUCCUCUUCGAUGCGGUGGGCUUGCAAUCCGCAGAACGUGGCCGCCUUGCCUCAAGACCCUUCGUCAUCGUGAAGCAGCUCCGCUAUGCGCCGACCCUGGACCAGCUAGGUGCCGGUGCCCAUGCCGAUUGGGGCUCACUCACCGUCUUGGUGACGGAUGACGUCCCGGGCCUGGAGAUUGAGACGGAGGAGGGGUGGCUGCCAGUGCCGCCCCGCCCAGACUGUUUCAUCGUGAAUGCCGGUGACCAGGUGGACUUUUGGACUCGUGGCUUCUUCAAGAGUGCCAACCACCGUGUCCGCCCCAGUGAGCCCGGGAAGCCACGCUACUCCACAGCCCUCUUUGCCUACUUUGACUAUGAGGCCCUCGUCACGCCUUUGGCGGAGAUUCAAGGAGAGGAUCUCACCAAGCGGGCCACAAAGGAACCCGUCACCACGGGCGACUACUUUGCCUUGAAGCUCUGCGAGUCUAUCGGCAAACCUCCCGAGGAUUGCCGUCUUCCCAGCGGGCCCACCAUAUUGCACGAUGCUUCCGAGCUCUGA